GUUUUCUCAUGUUUUCCUGGAAAUAAGUUAGUUCAGGUUUCUAAGUAUCCUACUUAACUUUGUGAUAGAAUCCAUGGCAUCCACAGCAAGUCCUCUAAUUCCCUGUCCAGUAAUUGAGAAAGUGUUUCGGCGAAUGAGCUCAAUUCAGGAGCUUUUCUCCAGUCACAGUGACUCAACGGGAUCAUGCGGGAUCUGCAGUGACUACCAGGACGAGAUUUCCUCCGUGAGGACUCAACUUGUGGCAAUAUUGAGUGUUUUUCCUCGCAUCACGGCCAAAGCGAAGGAGGAAGCUGUCUCAGAAAGUGGCUCAGAUCGAGUAGAAAAUUCCGUGUCGGAUGGAGAAUACGAAAUGGGCAUCAAAAGGGAGGAUUUGGCAAUCCUUCCGAAGGCUGUGGUCUUGGAUUUCACUCACACUGAGGACAGAAUCACUUCUGGAGAACUAAUACUGGAAUGCGCCCAAUGUGGAAGUGCUUUCACGACAAAGGAAGCUCUCCUGCAGCACUGUCAAAGCCACAUCCGUACACUCAAGCCAUUGUCCAGGAAGACAGGCGAACGCAGGGAGUAUAAGUGCAAGGUGUGCGGGAAGAUCUUGUACCAGAGAAAGGGAUUGACUGAGCACAGUCGCAUUCACACCGGCGAAAAGCCCUUCAAGUGCACGACAUGUGGGAAAUCCUUCCGCUUCAGCAGCCAGAUUUGUCGCCAUCGGCUGAAGCACGCUUCCGGAGAGCCGAGCAUCAACAAAUGUGACUUCUGUGGCAAGAGCUUGUCCGGGAAGGAACGCCUGGUGGAGCACAUGAGGAUGCACACAGGUGACAAGCCCGCCCAGUGCGAUGUGUGCGGCAAGAGGUUCCACGGCGAGAUGGCCCUGUACAGCCACCGAAGACUGCAGCAUCUGAAGCAAGGCGUCGGGCCCAAAGUGGAGUACAAAUGUGAAAUUUGCGGGAAGACGCGCGCCCGGAAAACGGGGCUCAUGGAGCAUAUGCGCAUCCACACUGGCGAGAAGCCCUUCAGAUGCGAUGUGUGCGGCAAGAGCUUCACGCUGAAGAACCACUGCGUAAAGCACCGCGAGAUCCACGAGAGGAGCGCCAAGGGGCCCCAGUUCACGUGCGAGUUCUGCGGUAGGAACAUGUCGGGCCAGGAGAGACUCACUGAGCACAUGCGAAUGCACACAGGCGAAAAGCCCGCGCAAUGCGAUGUCUGCGGCAGAACUUUUCAUGGACGGAUGGCUCUGUACAGUCACCGGAGAACUCAGCACUCCACGGAGGGGAAUCCGUAUCGCAGAAAGCGCUACAAGUGCGAUAUUUGUGGGAAGUUCAUCAUGGAUAGGAACAGAUUGACGGAGCACGUGAGGAUUCACACAGGAGAAAAGCCCUUCGCCUGCUCUUUCUGCGAGAGGAGUUUCGCCAGGAAGGCUAAGCUCCUAUUCCAUGUGAAGCGGCAGCACAAGAUAACCGGCGAAUAAAACCCUAAUGAUAUCUCUCUUCGUGGUAUUGAAUAAAAAAUGUUGUAUAUCUCAAUGUGUGAAUUUGUAUGGAUUCCGACGAGGAGAAGUUUUUGGCGGGAAAAGCAACACAGGGUGAAUACUACAAUUUGCAAACAUUAAUUUUCAUAUUUAUUCCUUGAAAUUAAGAAUUUCAGUAUUGAUUCAAGUCAAAUAAUUAAAACAUUUUA